CCCAGGGCAGAGCGCUGGUGGCAGGGGUGAAGUAUAUAAGAAGGCGAUGAACAACCACUGACAUAGUUACGAGAUACUCAUCGUGCUUAGCUGCCGCACGCGAAACCCACACACAUCACAAUGAAACUUCUGAUCACAUUAUCCGCUGUCUUAGCCCUAGCAGUGGCUCUACCUCAAAGGAAAGCUUCCUUGAAAUCCGAAGCUCAAGAUGACCAACAGGCGGCUGAGCAGAAUUACAACAACUACCAACAAGGUGACUACAGGCCCCAGGACUACAGGAAACCCGUCGAGGACUUCAGACCCAGAGUAGUUCUGGACGCAACUACCGUCAUUCCCAUCAUCCACUUUGACAAGGAACAAGGCGCCGAUGGUAGCUACAAAACAUCCUACGAAACUGGAAACAACAUUCAAGCCCAAGAGACAGGUUACUUAAGAAAUGUGGUGGGUUCCGAAGAUACUCCAGCUCUAGUCCAACAGGGAUCAUACUCCUACACUGCUCCUGAUGGUCAGGUCAUCACUGUCGAAUACACUGCUGACGAGUUCGGAUUCAGGGUCAAGGGAGACCAUAUCCCAACACCCCCACCCGUAUCUGCCGAAAUCCAAAAAGGACUUGAUCUUAUCUACGCCGGUAUCAAGGCUAACGCGGAACGUGAUGCCCAAGAACUCAAGAGCAACCCUGAAGCCGCACGGUCUCAAGAACAAAGAGCUUCCUUAAACUACAGAGGACAAUACUACCAAGACAAUAACAGCAAUUGAAAUUGAACUUUAAACUGAUAGAAAUAAGGAACAACUCUGUUGUAACAGUACACAUAAUAUGCUCUAUGAGCGUUUAAGUCAAUCGAAUUAGUGUAGUUGAAAUAAUGAUUUAACUCAGAUUUAAUUUAUAUAUAAUAUUUUUGAAUGUGGAAUGUUUUUCUCAUGUUUUCUUAUGAAAAGUAAAAAAUAUGACAUUAGCCUGUAUACUCCCGUACCUGUAUGUAUAUCACAAAUUCAAAACCAGAAACAAGUAUGUGGUUAGAUGUUUACUAUUUUGAAUAAAUUUAUUGAAAAUGAAAACAAAAAUGCCAUUCACAACUUUUGUACAUACUUCUACUAUAUUUUUAUACUAUUUGAAUAAAAUGUUGAAUAAUUUUA